GGUAUCCAGCCAUUUUUUUUUACUUACCUGUGCACUAACGGUCGGUGACGACAAGGUGCUCACGUCACCGAGGCAACAACGCGGAAGCGGAGAAAGAGACUCCACGUCAUUUUAGGUGCACUAUUGCGACCAAACCAUGGGGUUUGCUGUAGGGAGACUGACAUGUAAUUGAAACUGCCAACCCCUGAGCCAUAAUAGUGUUUGGGCGCGCAGGCAAACAGAAAAGCGACGGAUUCCGGAACCUCGUUUCUUCAGAUUUAGUUAGAUUUGGUGCUUAUCUCUGAUGGGUGAAUCAGGGCCACGCCGAUCCACCCUGGUCUCCAGGUUGCCCAUCUUCAGGCGCAGCGCAAGGAAGAAGCAGGACUCCCUGCCGUCCUCUCCCUCCUCCGGUGGUGUAGGCAAUGGUGUACACACUUCUUCUCCCUCAAGCACCAAUUCCAGCUCCAGCAGCACUGGAAAGCGGCGCAGCCUUUUUCGAACACCAUCUAUCAGCUUUCAUAGCAAGAGGAACAGUGAGUCACGAGCUGAUUCCAACCAGUUCAGUGCAGACAAUCGGAGUCGUCUGUCUGAGCCGAGCUUCAAUGACAGUUGCAACAAGACACGACACUCGUUUGGUUUUGGCGGACACAAGAAGAAGCUCAGCCGCUCCCAGACAGAGGACUUUGAGAAAACCCCCACCAACCGCAAUGUUUUCAUCAACUGCAUUAGCUCACGGACGAAUGAAGCAGACGAUUCAGGUUUCCUGGAUGAUGUCAGCAGCAAGAGAUCUUCCAAAUCAAAAAAGCUGCUGCCCAAGUCUUUUUCGGCCCACCAUCGGUUUUCCAAGAACUACUCGAACCAGGUUGAACAGAAUCAAGGAAAGGACGAUGCUCCCAAGACAGGAACUCCAGGUUCCUGGCCUGGCGAACUUGCAGACUCUCUACAAUCUCCCAUAGUUUCUGAGGACCGCACAACAGCCAUUACCCCCUCAGACUUUGUCCAUGUCACCGAGGACACAGUCUCUGAAGUGGAUGCUCUGCCUGUUCCGAGUCCAGCUGAAGCCCCCCCUGAGAAUAUGAGCCAAGGAGUUUCUACCUCACAGACAUGCGCCAAAUCAGAUCAGAGUACUGUAGAGAAGCCUAUACUGCCAGAUAUGAGCCAAACUGCCGAUACAAAGUGUGAGUGUACCACUGUCCAAACAGAACCAGAAACACAGGAUAAAGCAGCAGAACAGAACCAGAAUGUGACCGAGACCAGUGAAAAUGAACCGAACCCAGAGCCGAGCGAGGAGGAGUGCAGCUCCAAUGCAGAACCCAGAGGAAGAACACAUCGAAAUACUGUGCUGGUUCAGCAGCUAGGAAAACCAGCAGGCCUUGGCAAACUGGAGAGCAGGCCAAGCUAUCUGAGGAAACCUCACACAGUGUCCAUGUGCAGUAGUAUGAGCCCACGCCGUGAGGUUAUACGUUUGGAGCGGAGGCUGCGCUCAGCUUCAGAGGGAGCUGGAGGACCAAAUCUUCAUCUCAACCUUAAAGAGCAUACCUGCAUGGAGGCCAGCAUGCUGGCAAAACACAGAACCAACUCCUCGUCCUCCAAACUGGGCAGUCUGGAUUUUUUGAACAAUCUCGGCUCGUCAGAGCUAGAUGAGGACGAUCUAAUGCUGGACCUGGAGCUCUCUGAUGACCAGAGACAUCGACAUGCUUCUCAGGAAGACUCGAGCCAAUCUCUUGCCUCCUGUCUGAACCUGCUGCCAUCCCCACUGGAACUGCCUACAGAACAGAACACUGCCAAGGAGUGCAGAGAGAACAACAGGGAGUCACGACCGGUGUCUCUCUUUGUGCCCUGUGAUGAUGAGCUGUUCCCUGGGUUGGAGACCUUACCCUUCAGGCUGAUGCAGCAGGACUGCACGGCCAUGAAAACGCUCCUGCUGCGACUUCGCAGGCUUUUGCAGGAGAGCACUGAGCCCAGCCCUGCCAGCAGCCUUCACUCUUUACCCAUAAGCCCAUGCAGUGAGAAGUCUCCAGCUUUCAAGGAUCCAGGGCGAGAUGAGAGCCACUCCCUGCAGCAGCAGCUGAAAGAGAGAGAUGAGUUGAUCCUGCUUCUACAGACUGAGCUGGAAGCUGCCCGUUCUGCUCAGGGACCCCUGUGCCAAAAAACUGACAAAACAACACAGACGGAUCCUCCAGCCCCAGAGGCUGUCCAUCCAAGUCGAGCCAUAGGCAAUAGCAGCAGCAGUCUUCCAAGGGAGCGAAGGUCAGCCCGACUGUCCAGUUUGGGAGAAGAGCGUCAUAGUGGAGGAACAGGCACUCGAGAUCUUGCUGCACUACAGAGGAGGUCUGAACAGACAUACUCAUCAUCUUCUGAGGCAACUACACCACGAAAGCUAGACCAUCCGGGGCCCUCUCAGAUCCCUCGUGCCGUAGUGAGUGGCAGCACUUGCAGCCUGUCCUCAGACAGCGAGAGACUCACCAUGGCAAGGCCACACUCCUCAUUCAGCGGGCGUCUGGGCCAGCCGCCACGCGGGCCGCUCUCUCUGCACAUGUACAGCCGCAAGAACGUCUUCCUCCAACACUCGCUCUACACGACUGAGUUGCAGGCUCUUGGCCAGCAGGAUGCUUGAAAACAGACACACACACACACACACACACACACACACACACACACACACACACACACACACACAAACUACAAACACACUUUAAAUUAGACUUCUGCACUAAUCAUCAAUCCCUCUGCCUCAGCAGCUGUUUGACCUCUGGCUGGUUUGGACAGAGCCCCAAUCUAGCUUCUGCAGCUAUCUUAAAAAUGCCAUCAAUCCUCUAUUGACCCAACUUGACCUGCACAGGUAGACUUCAUUACGCAGCUGUGUGACAAGGGCAGUAUGGCAGAAUAGUGAGUCUGACACCAGUUCACUGACUCACUGCUUACUGCUAAAAGACUGACAUGGGAGAUCAUUCUGUAUUUAUCUAUUUUUAUUUGUCUUUUGUAUUUAAAAUCUGUGUAGUAGUGGUACCAGUGAUACUGUCUAUCUGUGUGUAUUUAAUCCUAGCAUCUCCACUUACCUCCGCUGAUCGGCAAAGAAAAGAAAAAAAAAAACGUAGAGAGAAUACCAGACUUGAGAUCUGAACGACAAGCACUCAUGUGUCUUAUAUCAAAUUGAUGCUUCAUCUGCACAUCUGUUGUGUUAGAGAUCGGUGUGUAUGGAAUGCACACAUUUGUAAUUUACCCACCAGCAUCUUUUUUGCACCAACAAAUGUGGCCCAUGCACAUGUUGCCAACUCUUAUCCUCUGGGGGAUUUUAAGCUCUUGCUGCUAGUUGGAAAUGAUUCUUUCUCUCAUUAACCUUUACUAAUUGCAUGCUACUUUGCUACUUUUUUACAUGCCAUAAACCGAAAUCAUACCUGAGCCUUUUUGUACAGUGGCUUAGAAAUAGCGUUUACAGUAUUUUAAUAAGAAGCAGUGACAGCUUCUAGUGAUCACCACGUCUAUAAAUAGAGACCGGGCGAGUUCAUUUUGCAAAAAAGCUCGACUCAUGACGCAAAUCUCACUUCUUACAUGUAAUAACAGUCAACUCCCACUACAGCAAUCGUCAUAUUUACAAUAAAUAAAUAAACAAACAAAUAAAUAGAUAAAUAAAUAAAGCACACUAAAUUUCACAUUACAAAUGGUGCAUAAGAGCUAUAUUUAAGCUAUUUGUUAAAAAAAUGGAUUGACAUUCUUUGAUGACAGAUUCAUGUACAGAUAUCCACACUCUGUACAAGGAGCUUGGUUUUAUAUAUAUAUAUAUAUAUAUAUAUAUAUAUAUAUAUAUAUAUAUAUAUAUAUAUAUAUAUAUAUAUUUGUCCAAUGUUGGGACAGCUUUGCACUUCGGGCCAAUGAGCAUCGAAGGGCAUUCAGAGGGGAAGGAAACCCUGAAGAAACUCACUUCUAUCUAUCCAGCAGGUCUGCUCCCGGAGGUCUGCUGCUCCACUUACAGCAAUCUGCUGGGAGCACCAGUACGCUCGCUCUCUCUCUCUCUCUCUCUCUCUCUCUCUCUCUCUCUCUCUCUCUCUCUCUCCCCUCCCCCCUCCCCCAAGCACCCCCCCCCUCCAGCCCUACUUGUACAGCAGAGAGAGAGAUUUAGCAUGCUCUCACCAUCACCUUGCUGUGAUCUCAAUAUCAUCUCUCUGUGAAACUGGAACAUGCUUCUUAUGUGAUUUAAGAAUGACCUUGCAAGAAUAGAGACUGCACUUCCCUUGAACAUUUGCUUUUAGUGAUACCAUUAUGACAGAACUUGAACUCUAAAUGCAUGUUUGAACAGACAAGCAACUUUCCUCUUCAUGUUUCUCAACCGUCAUCUCUUAAUGGGCAUAGAACCUUUCAAGGUAAAUGCUGUAAUGGCAAAAGCACGGGUAAUUAAUUAACAAGUACAAGAUGAGAUAAAGGAGAAUAAAUGGCACUUGAUGGAAAAAUCAUUCAUGAGACUGUAUGUAAGAAACACAUCCUCUGAACAGACACUUUGUCAACUAGAUUUUGUCAACUAGGUAUUUAUUUUGCGCCUUAUUUAUUAUGAUCUUUGUUGUGAUAUAUCACUCGAAGGUCUUAUUUUGUAUGUAAAACUGGCAUCCUCAUAAAGGCUUCUCGAUUUAUUAUGAUUUAUUAUCAUGCAGAAAAAAAUGAUUUGUAAAUGAUGUAUUUUCCAAGAUGUACAGGGUUCGUUUAAUAUCAGCACUUUGAAGAAGUGAUUUUAAACCAUGAUCAAACUGAGAAUUUAAUAGAAUAUGUUCCUGUACUUUACUUUUUUCUCUCAACAGUGAUUUUCACAAUAAUGUUAUAAUUUACACUGAAUGUAAUAUAAUAUAUAUAUAAGGAUAAAUAAAAACUUUGAACAAUUUGAAUCAA